AUGCUUUCUCAAUACCACUCGAAAGAGUCCUUCAUGCUUCCCAAGCUGAAGCACAAAUUCAGGACCCCCCCCGAAACCGACCGCUUUGCGUUCUACGACGUCAAGUUCUUCCCGCAUUCGAAUGCCGCCACGGAAGAGCCCAUCUUUGCCGUGGUCGCCCAGAGAAAGGUCUUCAUCGGGCGCCUGUCGGCUCAAAACAGUGCCGUCAUGACCAUGCUGCAUGAAAUGGUGGACCAACAGGAAACCAACAAUCCAGACUCCCCCGGGUUGAAUUCUUGCUCGUGGUGCUACAUCGACCCCCAGAUGCCCUUGCUGGCGGUGGCCGGGGGAUCAGGUCAACUGAAGGUGAUCAAUGCCGUUGACGGAGAACUUUUCAAGACAUUGACUGGUCACGGACAUGGCACGAUCAACGAUAUGGCAACCCAUCCUCUUUACCCCUGGAUUGUCGCCACCGCUUCAAUGGAUAAGAGCCUUCGAAUCUGGGAUAUACGACGACAUUCCAACCCACACCAAUCCCCCACCAUCAUCAUCUGCGGCCAGGCAACCGGACACUGCGAAGGCGUGCUCACUGUCUCAUGGCACCCCUCCGGGCGAUAUUUGGUUACGGGGGGCCAUGAUCAACGCAUCUGUGUGUGGACAAUCCCCGAUCUGGCCGAUGAUUCUGCCUUCUGGCAGCAAAUCUCGCCGGAAGGCAGGAAGCGAAGUGCUCAUGAAGUAUUCACCGUCUACUACCCGCACUUUGUCAGUUCGGGGAUACACUCCAAUUUUGUGGACUGCGCCCGCUUCUUCGGCAAUCUCAUCAUAUCCAAGGCGGCAGGCGAAGAUAAAAUAGUGCUCUGGAAGAUCACGGGGUUCGACGCCGGAAUUCCUCCUCCUGAUGCGAUCACCGCGCCUAAGAUAGAGGAGUUCCUAGACACACGCAACGGAUUCAUGCGCCGGGUGUAUCAAGACGCGAGGGGCGUGACCAAGGUCGAGGUUGCCGAAGAGUACCAAGAUCAGCCCUUGUAUGAAAGACUACUUGAGUUCGAGACGCCGCGGGUCGAGCAGUUCUACCUUCGGUUCGGCCUGUUGACGCCGUCACCCGAUCAUCCUGAUCUACAUCCGGUCCUUGCUUUUGCCAACGCAGCGUCCGAGUUGCGCUUCUGGGAUCUCGAGCGACUGUCGUUGGGACAUGCGGGCGGUCUUGAUGAUGUCAAAUCUACGUCGACGGCGAAAAAGAAGUUACAUAAAAGCGUUGCACGGACGGUCAAGCCUCAAGAGCGCCUACAGCGCAUGGGCAGCAGCAACUCACAGAGCUUGCGAGAGAACGACUCUCCGGUGUCCACGGCUUCUAAUCAUAGCUCUGGCGGCUGGCCUCGACAAAGUUCGACGGAGGCCACCAGCGAGAUCUCCGAGCUGGUGGCCAGCACUCCAGCCCAGAAUGCCGUGGUGCGGGACCGGGAACGAUAUCCAAUCCACGAUGCACAUGAGCCCCUCAAGCCUCACGCAAAAGUGUCGCUGGCGGAAUUGCAGUUUAAGAAUGUUGCAUACUUCAAUGCGAGAGCGGUUGACUGGAGUCCUUGUGGGAGAUGGUGCAUUGUGGCUGGGGAAUCUGCGAGAUCGUCUGCUAAAGGCACGGAAGGCAUAGGAGGCUUUGCGGUGCUGUACCGAUGA